AUGGCCUUAUUUGGCACCGCAAGAACCCCCGCAAUCCCGGAGUGGAUCACGAACGCAGUGGUUCAUACAAGUGCUGUCCUUGGUCCAAUCAAUCAGAAUUUGGUUUCCACUUCUAUCUCCGAUACUUCUAUCGGUGCUGCCACAGAACGGCCAAUCUCCGUACCACUCACAAAUCUCGUAGUCAUGUGUUCCGCAGCUAGUGAGUGCUCCAACAGCGAAAAGGGCUACAAUUGCAAUACUCAGGCGAUAGUACCACUCCUCUUUCCGACCGUCGAAGUGUAUACCUGUGGAUGGCUGAUUCACGGCGAGCAAAUGCCAUGA